UGAUUGCUUUGGUUCUUGGGUUGCGUCUCUGGGGAAAGCGUGGGGGGAUCUCCUCCGUCCCCAACCUUCUUCUCUCUUUCUCUCUGUCUCUCUCUCUUUCUCUCCUGAAAUUCCCUGAAAGCUCGAGCUGAUUCUCUCGGCUGUUCUUCCAAUCCGUCGAGAUUCAGCCAUGGAUGCUAGGGCGGUAACGAUUCCCAAGGCGUCGGGCGCAGAAUGAUCGAUGUCUCUAGGUUGCCAUCAUCACGAGAUGGGCACGAACGGGAUGUAUCCGGAUAUCCUAGACGCUGGUUCCGGUGACGUGGAAGCUGGGGUUCCCCCUUCCUUCGUGGAAGAACAAAACGAAGGAAAGGGUGGAGAACCAGGAGGAGGAGGAGAAAGCCCUAAUUGCUCACCUCCUCAGGUACCUUCUGUUUCAGUGGAUAAUGAUGAUUUCCAUCAAACGACAACAAGUUUAUCUGGCCAGGGGAAUAUUCAGACACAAGAAUACAGAAAUGUUGAGCUUGAGCUUAAUGACGUCAAUGGGAAUAACCACAAAGAUGAUUUUGAUGACAAUAACAAGCCUGGAAGAUAUUUCUAUUAUGACUUCCCACAUUAUGAGGAAACUGGCGCAUGGAUACCAGUUUCUGUUCCACCAAUGUCUUCAAGCAACCAUGAAGAAUGGAAUAAGUCCUUUGUUGAUAAUGGAGGCUACUUCCCCGAGGGAGAUAUGGGGUGGGAUUGGUUCAGUAGGGAAGAUAAGGAACUCACCAUGUGGGAUGUGGUGAGGGAGAUGUUGGUAGUAGCUCGUGGGAAGAUGAGCAAUCUGGCAUCGGGUGACAAUUGCAGAAUCUCAUGGAUGUCAAGCCACAUCCUCCAUCAAGCUUGGAAAGAAAUGGCUCAGACUCUAACAGAGACAAAUUUAAAUAGUGCAACCGAGAUUCUUGAGGCAGAGCCACCUAAAUGGUUGCCCGAUAGUUCGGCAUCCACCUGCAUGCUGUGUAGUGUAAGAUUCCAUCCCAUAAUGUGUUCAAGACACCAUUGCCGCUUUUGUGGGGGAAUAUUUUGUGGUGAUUGUUCUAGGGGAAGAAGUCUAUUGCCAUUUAAGUUUCGCUCAAAUGACCCACAACGUGUCUGCGAUGUUUGUUGUGUACGGCUGGAGUCUGUCCAGCCCUACUUGAUGGAUAAAGUGAGCCAUGCUUCACAGUUGGCAACACAUGAUCUGACAGACCUCAGUACAUUGAGAUCCUGGGUAAAUUUUCCCUGGGGUCAAUCAAUGGAGUACGAAAUUUACAAGGCUACAAAUACAAUUCGUGGUUAUUGUAAGGUCGGUAUCUUGAAACCAGAGAGAUCAAUUCCAGAUAAUAUACUUAAACAUGCAAAAGGUCUGGCAAUUCUCACUGUAGUGAAGGUUGGUGUAAUGGUUACGUAUAAGGUAGGGACAGGCCUUGUGAUUGCUCGCAGGGAGGAUGGUUCAUGGUCGCCUCCAUCUGCAAUCUCCUCCCUUGGUAUUGGAUGGGGUACUCAGAUGGGAGGUGAGUUGACAGACUUCAUUAUCGUGUUGAGGAAUGAGGAUGCUGUGAAGACGUUUAGUGGAAACGUGCAUUUCUCUGUCGGUGCUGGUCUAAGUGCAGCAGCUGGAGCUUUGGGACGUGCAGCUGAAGCUGAUGUACGUUUGGGAGACGGUGGAUAUGCAGCAUGUUACACAUACAGCCGUAGCAAAGGUGCUUUUGCUGGUUGUUCUCUUGAAGGAAGCGUUGUCACAACACGUGCAUCGGAGAACUCUCGGUUCUACGGGGUUUCCUCCAUCAGCGCAUCUGAAAUUCUUCUUGGAUCAUUGCCAAGGCCCCCUGCAGCUGUAAUUCUCUAUCACGCCCUGAUUGAUCUUUUCCAGAAAUUCGAGAUUCAAUCAUGAAUGGGCCCAGAGCAUGCGGUCGCUGUUGCUGAAGGUGUGACAAGUGACAGAGCUCCUCCUGAGGAAAAGCCUCUGCUAAAAUGGUUCUUGUGGGAAGCAUCUUGUACGAUGCCGCUGUAUAUAUGUCGUUGCACGUCAAUUCUUUUCAUUCAUGUACAUAAUUGUCAAUUAUUGGUGUGUGGUUGUGUGGGGGGUAAAAUAUGAUCCCACGUAAUUGGCAGAAGUUUUUAACAGAUGUAUAGUACCUAAGAAAUGGAAUUUGAACUCGCCUACUUGUCUUGUA